ACAGGAAGUUGGUUGGAAUUGCGCAGGCGCUGCUUUUCUUCUUGCAAGGCUCCAGUAGAGCUGGAGAAGCUUCUUGGAUGAGAAGCGAAACGUGUUCAAAGAGAAAAAAGAAAGUCCAGUUGCCUCGUGAAAAAGCACCUUUGGGAGCUCCAGUAGAAAGUUUAGCUACUCCUGGUAAUUCUUGGCAGUUCCUCUCCUAAUCAGAAGUCUAACCCUACUGAGCCAUUUGAAGAUGAGCCAAGCCCUGUCACAUUUCGCAAAGAUUGGCCCGUUAUCUGAAGACUCUAUUGAUGAGCUUAAAAGGUGCAUUGGAUUUGUCAAGAAUCAUCGAUCAAUACUACUGAAAACCAGGAGCAGCGAGGUCCAACCUUCCACAUCAAGCCAUGAACGAAGUUCCCAGCCUUAAGAUCUUAAGGAAGAGGAAUGAUGGAUCAGCUGUCUCUACUCAGCAACCUGUCUGCCCAGGUGCCUGGAAGUCCUCCACUGCUGGAUUAAGGAAGUCACACGGCUGCAUUAUUUCAUUAAGUGGUCUCUCCCAAGAAGCUGGCAGUGUGGAACAGAUCUCCUUGCACUGUGCCGAAGGAUCCCUGGAAUGGCUGUACCCAGCCGGAGCAUUGCGCCUAAGCCUGUCCCCCCGCCUGCCCACGGGCCCCGCCGGCAAAGAGAAACCGCAGCACGUCACCGCUUGCAUCAAGUCCUCCAACAGCUUCCGGGGAGCUCAGAUUUACUUGGAACGGGACGGGGUCUUGGAACUGCUCCUCUCGGAGACGGACGCGGCCCUCCAGCCCAAGGUGCGCUGUUUCAGGUGGCUGCCGCGAGAGAAAGUGGCCCUCUUCCUGCAGUCCACUUUGCACCAAGACAUCAGCCGUCGAAUUGCAGCGUUCCGUUACGAGCUGCGGGGCGAGUGGAAUGCUCACAUCUCCUGGUCCUGGAGGAACCUCAGCGUGGAAGAUGCAGGGACUUGCCGUCCGUGUAACAACACCGAAAUCCUGAUGGCAGUUUGCACAAGUGAUUUUGUUAUCCGUGGCAACAUCAAGGCCGUCUCCAAUGACAGGGAAGCCCAAGAAUCGAUCAUCAGCGUGAGCGCCACUCGGAUCCACCGGCAGAAGUUUGCUCUGUUUCAAGCGCUUGGCAAAUCUGGAAAAUCCACAGGCAGCAUCCACACCCUGCUACGCUGCGGGGUGAGGCCCGGUCCGGGCAGUUUUUUAUUCACCGGGUGGAUGCACUUUGCCGAGGCCUGGCUCACCUGUGCUCCCCGGUACAAAGACUUCAUCCGCAUUUACGAGGAGGCACGGCAGGCUCACGAGAACCCCUGCGAGGUCUCGUUGGACUGACUUGAGAUGAGAAGAGGUCAGGAAGAAGGGAAGCCUCUGGGGCUGUGAUCAAGCCAGGAGCAGCCACCCUCAUGGUGGCAACGGGAGGAGAACCUUGUCCUUAGACUCAAGGAAGAACAAGCUCUUUCCUUCCUCCAAGGGAUCAAAUGGAUCUACCAGCCCAUAACUCUUUUCCUGGUUGUCUGCAAAUGAGUUGUCUUGGCCAAGUCCAAGUAGAGCCUCAUGAGAUGUUCUCUGAUCAUUUUGAGGAUCAUCACGAAGCAGGCAAAAGGUUUCAGAACUUACCAAACAUGGGACUGAGGUGGGACUUGGGGUUUUGGUCUUUGAGUUUUCCACCACCCAUGAAAGCCAAUAUAAUUAUUUCUGAGUUUGCAGAAAACCACACCUGUUCCUCUUCACUGUGGAUAUCUGCAGAUACAUCACCAACCCAACAGGAAGGACCAUGAGUUUCAGGUCUAAAAGGAUGAUCCAUUCAGCUGUUCAUUCCUGAUCAGUCAAGAAGGCCCAGGAGAUGAUCCAGUUUUCUCUUUGGGGGGUUGUGUGUCUUAUCAUCAUUAGGUUCUGUCAUCGAAGGAGACCAUCCUAAACUAAAUGAAGAAUGAGAUGUUUUCAGGAGGGGGGAAGAACGAGGCAUCAUGCUUCAAACACGCUGAAAGAUGUCAGAAAGAGGGACAAAACAUGUGACUGGAAAGGACACAUGCUCGGUUCCAUUCAUUUUCCUUUUUAAAAAUAUAUCCAUCUCUUGAUAAUUCAAGCAGGGAGAACAAAGCUUUAAAUAACUUCAGAUGAAAUACAUUCUCCCCCCCCCCAAAAAAAAAUAAUGUAAAUGUGAAAAUGGGUUGAUUGAAUUCCACAUCUAGAUAUCUGAAUGCCGUUGCAAGAUUUGUCUAAAUAAUUCAGAUCCAGCCAUCAGCUUUUCUUCAUAAAAAUUGCCUGAUUCUGACUUCAUGGCCACCAAUUCUCAAUAAAAUCCAGACUGGAUUCACA